AUGUCGCUUUCAUUUAUCGAGUCAGGGUUUGUUCCGUCUGAUGGCAUGCGCCGCGGUGUGGAGGCGGCAGACACCUCCGCAGCUGCCGAGCUUCUGCAUCUCGCUGUACCACCGUUGAUGGACGCUGGAGGCAAGACACGUGUUUGCGUGGCCUUUUACGAGGCGGCUCAGUGCCCUUUUGACAGCCGUUGUGAACAUGCGCAUCACUUCUCCGAGCUGAACGGAUACACGCAAAACAAACUCCUUGAGACGGUGCCGGUAGAGAGCAUCCCGAAGCACUUUGUGGCGCCACUUAACAGCAACAGCAGUAGCGGAAACAACAAAAACGAUCGCACGUUUUACGCGACGGAUGGAAACGCCGCCAAUUACACCGCGACGGCUGCCGUAGACGGUGGUGUUGCCCACCGUUCACUGGGUGGCGAGCACGGUGAGAAGGAGAAAACGAGCACCAAUCGUCGCAGUAAGCGGACUGCUCGCCUGUAUGAUAUCAGCGGCAGCAACACGAAUUUGUGUGAUAACUCCUUGUCAAGUCUUGCCUCCAGCACCGACACGCUCCUCCUCCUCGGCAGCGUACACGACUCAAAGGACGUCUCACCGCAAAAGGGGACGCGCCGGGAUGAGGGCAUGGAAGCAUUUCGCAUUCGCCUUCCACCGCGCUGCCGUUACCCACACCGAAACACGCGCGGCACGUAUUAUGAUGUCCUUGGCAUCCAACGCACCGCGACGCAGGAAGAAAUAUUGCGAGUUACCGCCGUUGGCAAAAGGAGUACAAA